CGGCCGGCGUGUUAACACGCGCGAGUACCGCUACCGCAAGCGGCUGGAAGAUGAGCGGCACAAGCUCAUCGAAAAGGCGAUGAAGAUCAUCCCGAGCUACCACCCACCAUCUGACUACCGCCGCCCAACCAAGACGCAGGAGAAGGUCUACGUGCCAGUUAACGACUACCCGGAGAUUAACUUCAUCGGCCUCUUGAUCGGACCGCGUGGUAACACGCUGAAAAAGAUGGAGAACGAAUCGGGCGCCAAGAUCGCCAUUCGCGGCAAGGGCUCCGUCAAAGAAGGAAAGGGCAAAUCGGAUGCCGCUCACGCUAGCAACCAGGAUGAAGACCUGCACUGCCUCAUCAUGGCCGACACCGAGGACAAGGUCAACAAGGCUAAGCGGCUGAUUCAUAACGUCAUUGAGACGGCCGCCUCGAUUCCUGAAGGCCAGAACGAGUUGAAGCGCAACCAACUGCGCGAACUCGCUGCGCUCAAUGGUACACUCCGUGACGAUGAAAACCAAGCUUGCCAGAACUGCGGCGAAAUCGGCCACCGCAAGUACGACUGUCCUCAAGCUCGCAACUUUACCGCCAACAUCAUCUGCCGUGUUUGCGGCAAUGCGGGUCACAUGGCAAGAGAUUGUCCGGAUCGCCAGCGUGGUCAGCCUUGGGCGAAUCUACCUGCUCGCAAGCCCAUCGGCGGGCCCGAAGACGACUACGAGAAGCUCAUGAACGAGCUCGGCGGUGGGACAAGCGGAGACCCGAGCAAGCAAAUUGGUUGGGACGACCAAGUCAAAGCGGAGGAGGGCGCUGGAGACAGCGUCCCACCGUGGCAGAGGCAAGAGCCUUCUGGUGCUCCUGCUCCAUGGGCGAACCGUGGCGGCCAAGACAACUACGGCGGUGGUCGCGACAACUACAACGGAGGAGGCGGUUACGGAGGCGGCUACAACUCUGCUCCAACUGGAGGAGCUCCCCCGUGGCAGCAGCAGAAUCGCGCUUCUGGUGGACCGGCACCGUGGCAAUCAGGCGGUACAAGCGGCAAUGGAGGCGGGUACGGUGGAGGAGGAUAUGGUGGCGGAGGUGGGUAUGGAGGUGGCUCGGGAAGUGCUCCGCCAUGGCAACAGAACUCCGGUGGUGCUGCACCCUGGCAGCAGGCUCCGCCUCCCCCGCCGCCGCGCGAUGAUGUGCCUCCGCCUCCUCCGCCGCCGAGGAAUGAUGUACCGCCGCCUCCGCCGCCGGCGUAGGUGAAGACAUGGGCUUGGUGGGUGGGAAAGCGUGGGUUGAGGAGUCCGGUAGUUUCAGGACGGGCGAGGUGGGCGGUGGCGAAACGUGGUACGGGCAGGAAGAGCCAAAGAGGUCUGCUACGUACUUCUUGAUCGCCUGUGUCAUAAUGAAAACCUGCAUCGUGCGCGGCGUUCUGUAUUGGCACCUCCUUAGCUGAUUGGUUCAGCAGUGUGACCUUAGAAGAAAUUAUACAUCCCGACGCGUCCGAACCUCAUACG